AUGGUUACAAUGGGUGGUCAAGCUUUACCAGUUGGUUCGAUAGUCGCAUUCAAUACGAUUAAUAAUGGUCAAGUUGAGGGACAGGUUGUUUGUUUUGAUCCAGCGUUGAAAGUAAGUUGAUUUUGCGAGAUAUUUGUAAAGAAUAAACGAAAAUUCUGCAGGUUCUAGUUAUCCGCAACAAGGAUUCGGUGUCGAAAAAACCAAUUCUUCGAGUUUUCAAUAUGUCUUCCGUGUCAGAGGUCAGUUUUUCGGGAGAAAACUUAGAUACACCAGAAACAAGAAACAUUUUGCAGAUACGAUUGAAAUCAGAGCCAACAAAUGUUCAAGUGAUUGAAGAACUUCUCUCAUCUUGCAACUUCACUGGUAAAAAAGUUCACGAACGUAUUUCUACAUCAAUCGCUCUUCGAAGUACUGAAUUGAUGCCAUCUGACAAAAUUUCGAUACAUGGUCAAAAAGCGUUUCUGCAACUGAAGAAAACUAUCGCAGAUACUCUUUGGGAUGGUGAAAACAUUCGAGUUGUUGGUUUAAUUUUAGUCAAAUCACCAUACAACGGAGACAGUGUUGAGAUUAUCAAAUCGGUGAGGAGAUUUUUGAAGUUUCUCAUGAAAAAUCUAUUUUGCAGGAAGUCCGCUCUGAUUCUGAUGAUUCGAAAGCGCGUACAGCUUUAGCACAAGUCCGAAAGAUUCUCUCCAAACCAUUUUCAUCCUACGAAGAACGUCAACGUCCCGAAUUUCUUCAAUCUACACAAAUCCCGGUCUGA